AUGAAAAGGUCUAAGAAUUCUGAGCCUCAAAGUAGGCCCAAAAUAGCGGCCGGAUUAGACGAGAAGCUCUGCUCCUCCUACGAUGGAUACAGACCUGCUGAGCCUCGUACUGAGAUUGAUGUUGUCAAGGUUCCAGAAAAUGAAGAGGAGGUGAAACGAUUUUUCGAGUUGCAUGUGGUCAAACGGAAACCUUGCAAGAUUGUUGGAAUUCCGGAGGACAUUUCAGUGCUGAGAAAAUUGAAGCCCUCAAACAUCCAGAAUGUUCUCCCACGGGAGGAAAUUCUGACCAUUGAGAAGAAAAAUGAAGGUGGCUUCGGUAGUGGGGCUACCCGUCUGAAAAUGUCCUUUGGCCAGUUUUUAAGUAAGAUAUUGAAUGCAGGUGAGGAAGAUUUGUAUCUAACCACGCAAUAUCUCGAAGAUGACCCAAACAAUGGCGAUUAUUCUACCGACGAGGAAGAGAAAGACCAGGUCUUAGAUGACGAUUUCGAUACUGGUUCUAUAACAUUCGACAAUCUGCACGACGAUUUCGAUGAUUUGCAAGAGGAAGAACCUUGCGGCCCCGGUAGUGAUCAAAGCGAUUCUCUUGAAGAACAAGAACUACGGAUUAAAGAACUCUAUCAGCCUCCGAUGACCAAUUUGCUCGAUGAUCUACCUGAGACACCCAAAUUUCUGGAUUAUCUCAUACCGCAGCAAAUAAAUCUUUGGAUCGGUGCUGCUAAAGCGCAGGAUGACGAAGCUGAGGAUGACAAAUGGCUUUCUAACUUCGAUCCCGGCGACCCCAACGGCCAAUUAGGUCUGGGCAGAAAUGUUCCCGGCGGUGGAUCAUCAUCGGGGUUGCAUCAUGAUCACGCAGAUAAUCUGUACGUUCCUAUUGCAGGGCAUAAGAGGUUCACCUUGUUUGCGCCUUGCGACGCUGCUAAAAUGUACACUGUUGGGACCAUACGCCACUUGUUCGCUUCUGGCGUUAUUGAUUAUGUUGCCGACCGUCAUGCUCCUCUAUGGCGCCAGCUCCGCGACGAUGGUGCGAUAACAGCUGAAGUCUACAAGACUCUGCUGGAUUCAGACACCUUGGAUCCUCAAACCAAGAAGCACUACGAAGAUUUCUUGAGGCUCGACGUUCAGCAGCAGUUGAAGGCGGCACAUCACAAGCAAGACCACCUUGAUCCUCCCUCUUUUUCCACCAUUCCGCCCUGUGUGGUCCAUCUGGAAGAUAUCAAGAAUAAGAGGGUCAGGGAUUCCAUUGCAGAAAGCAGCAAAAAGAGAUGGCCACGAUUCUUUAACGCCCAUAGAAUUACGGUGGACUUGAAGCCAGGCGAGAUGCUCUACUUGCCAACCGGCUGGUUCCACGAAGUCACUUCUUAUGGCGAUGACGGCAAGGAGGACAAGAACGUGCACGUUGCAGCCAACUACUGGUUCAUACCACCAACAGGUCGCGACAUUAGCAAUGUGUACCUGGAUAGCUACUGGCCUAACGACUUUGCCAUCACGCAGAGAGCGCUCAAGAGGAUGCGCAGACAUGUGUGA